UUUUUGAGUACGGCGGGCUAUAAAAUCUCUGCACGAGCGCACGUAUGCGAAUCCACAUAAAUCGCAACACGCAUACUUGAGACCCUCCACGAUUGUAUCCAACAUGUCUGCGCCACCACCGGGGUUUGACCCAGAGACGGCCGACAAUAAUGAAGAUGUCGAACGGCAAUGGGCGGUCAAAUCAAUCCAACACAUGCUCACGUACUGGAAAAUCCUCGAGUCCAUGCGCGGAAGCAAACUCAAACUCACAAAGUACGACGACGACAUAUAUGAAAAGUUUCAGACGCAUUUUCCGGACUUCGAUCCGAAGGCGCGCAUCAAUGAGGAUGAGAUGAAGAGUGCGAAGGGAAAAGAGAGGUGGAGGGAGUUCAUCAAGUUGUAUGAGGAUAAGAUUGAGGACUUUAACUUUGGGACCAUGCUGAGGGCGGAUCCGAGCAAGGAGUAUAACGAGGAGGACACUAUAUUUGCGGUGAGAAUGCAGUUCUAUGCGAUCGAGAUUGUUCGUAAUCGCCUCGGCUUGAAUGACUGGGUGUACGAGCGGGCACACCCAGAAGAGAAGGGCAAGGAGGAAGGCUCGUGAAGCUACAUGUCGUUGCAACAGGCAAGCUUGGCCGAAAAGCUUCACAUAUGUAUAGCCAGGUUCCCGGUCUGCUUCCAAUUAUGCAGGCAGAGCAUGACAAAAGGUCUACAGGCCUCGCAAAAGCAAGCACGUCGCUGCGUUGCCCCGAAGGCCUCGAGAGCGUGGAAACCAUGCUGGACUCUUACCGAGCAUGAUGACGAGAGGUUGCGCACGCUAAGGUAAUCUAAGAUGGCGAAAGACUUUAUGACACUGAAUAGAAAGCAUGAUCCUGCAAUUGGAACUUCCACAGUCCAGGUGCCAUGGACUGACCAUGACGUUCAGCACGCGUCCAGUGAUCAUUUCACUCUGUUGGAUCGAUUCGAAAGUUCUUUGUCAUAUAUCGUGAGCUCGUGGAUGUGAUGGCAUCCCAGGAACUGAAUUCACGUUGUCGUAGAUUGCUUGAGAACAGCAAGUGUGAUUCCUUUAGGACUGAUUAAAUACAGGAUUGAAAGCUCGGGUUCGUCUCAAACACUUUGCGGACAGGAUUCAAACAACACUUCAGGGAAAUAGACAUGUUAAGGCUCAGACUGGAUCCAAGAAGGAAUCGUGAACAUCCUCAGUGUUGCGCCAUACAGCUCCGUUCUUCAACGCAGAGAAGCAGAUAGCUAACAAACGCC